AAUCAUCUGUUACUUUCUCGUUGCGUUUGCUGGAAGAAUCGACGAGGUUGUGGGUGUGUUGUGUAGCUGUAUAUAAGGUGAGGGUUAAAACUGGAUGUCAUUCUGUCAUUCAGCUUCAACACUGAGCACGACUGACAACAGACCGCCGAAGCAGCGAGAGCGCCAAGGGUAUCUAUCGUAACUGGGCCAUUUACAUUGAACUACUUCACCUACAUCGUUGACGAGCAGACGAAACCAUCAACGACGAUGUUGUUCCACGUGGUACCCGAGAACGUGUUCGGAGACCGGGCCGGGUAUUCGAGACCCUGCUAUUACCGGAGACACCCGUGCCGUCGACAGCAGCAGUUGAGUAAUAUUGGGUUUCUCCACGACAUUCUCCGCCCUCUAAUGGUGAUGUCGCACAACAACCCUGAGUCGGAAUGUUGUCACAGUAGACGCCUAUGUGACACAGAAAGUGGAGGGGCACAGAGAGGGGAGUGUCCUGCCCAGAAACAGGUGCCGAAGUCUAUGAUUGCAUGCCUCGAUUUCCGCGGUUUUUCUGCAGGGGAAAUAAAAGUGAAAGUCACAGACAGCGCCGUAGUUGUGUGUGGCCGACAUGAUGACCCCGGCAACUCCUUCCGGGUCACAAGAACACUUCCGCUACCACCUGGUUUUGACAGAACGGGAAUUAUCUGCCGAUAUGUUGACGGCAAGGUCACCCUUGAGAUCCCCGCGUCCACGAAAGUCACUGUGGAGGAGAAACCGGAGAAGCAAAAGGAUGAGAAGAAAAUUGAACAAAAAGAGGAGAAUAUCAAAACUGACCCUACCAGGACAAGUGACACGGGCGAUGAUGACGAUGACGAUGGACUGGAAAUAGAUAGCGAAGUCCAAGCAGCUUUUCAAGUAGGCAUGGAACAUCUGACGGGACUUUUUUCCAGCAUCUUUGGUCUUCCUCCUGAGGAGAAGAAAGAUUUGGUCAAUAGGAGCCUUGAUAAGAAGGAAGAACCUGCUGAACAGACAAACACAGGUCUAGACAGAGAUGAACCUCGUUCGGAAGACAACACAACAGAAACAGAGUCCUUGGACGAUCUAACGGAUGUCGAGGAAGAGAUAAGCGAGGAAGAGAAAGGAGAAGAAGAAGAUACCUGCCUAAUGUUGAAAUAUGACGAGAAGUUGUCUCUCACAGAUGACGCUGAUGACUUCCUGCACGUGGAGAAGCAGACGACAGGUGACAGUGCUCCAGAUCAGACGACAGUCCGUAUAAUGCCCGAAGGCGAAGAUGUAGCACGACUGACGUCUGAUAGAGAGGAAGAUGUUGAGAAGACACAGGUCAAAGCCGAGGAGAAAGUUCCCAUCUCCUCUACACCACAAGAUUUCAAAAUUCGGUUCGAUCUGUCCAGCUACAAACCAGACGACAUCCGGGUAGUUGUAAGAAGUGGUGACGUCAUCGUGGAAGCCGAGCGCGAGAACAAGCAUGACGAGUACACCGAGACUGAGACACUGCGAAGGCGCAUUCGUCUCCCGGAAAAAGUGGACCAGUCCAUGUUGACGAGUGUCCUGAAUGCAGAGGGCGAGAUGACCAUUCAGGCGCCAUUCCUGUCUCAGGCCAUCAGUGGGAAGGAAGACAAAACUGUCCCGGUUAUUUGGGAGUGAUUUGAGAUUGUGGACAGUCCAUGGCGGAUAUAUGGGACUCAGUAUUCGAUGUGUUGAGGGAGUCACAUUUUUGUCUUUUGUUAUAUGGUAAAAAUGUGCGUCUUGAUAAAUAUUUACUGUCGCUAAACGAAUAAUAGGUCUUAUGAAAAUCGUGUUAUGAAAUUGAUGGUUUGACAAAAACAUUAUAUCUGUCAGAUGCCAAGAAUAGUUUGUAUUGUUUUGUUUUAGUUUUAAACAUAUUUUAUAUUGUCACGUCAGUAUUGGGGUACAUUCUGACAUCCUCUCUGUGCAUAAUCCAAUGAGAUUCAUCAAAAUACUAACCAAAAUUACCACAUAUUACAUUAUUUUUCAUUUCGUUGUUGAUCUUUGUUCGUAAACAGUUCAUGGGCUGUAUUUUUCCCGUUGUCAUAUAUUAUUCAGUUUCAUAUAUUUUUCCAUACAUUUGUUUUGUUGAUACGUGUAUCAUGUUUCACAAAUAAUAAAAUGACCAAAUGCA